GUUCAAACCGGAAAUUGGCGUGUUGUGCUGAUGCGCUGGCGUGUUGGAAGGUUUCUGUAAAGCGUUUGUGUUAACAAUUAUGUUUUUACAUAAACUUGUAAGCAUUUGGUGUAGGAUUUUUUAUUAACACUAAAGUUUUGCCGUAGGAAAGUCGUGUUGACACCAUGGGGAAGAGAUAUUACUGCGACUAUUGCGACCGCUCCUUCCAGGACAACAUGCACAACAGGAAGAAGCAUCUCAAUGGUGUUCAGCACCAAAGAAGCAAAAAGGCCUGGUUCGACAACUUCAGAGAUGCAUCUGCAAUCUUGGCUGAUGAGCAAACCAAAAAGCCGUGUAGAAAGUUUCUUCAGACCGGCCAGUGUGUUUUUGGGUCAAACUGUAGGUUCUCCCACAUGACAGACCGAGACAUAGGAAGUUUAAAACAUCAGAUUGAAGAGGAAAGACGACUUAAAGAUGAUCCCGAUCUUGGCAGAAAGCUGUCACUGGGGAGCAUCGAGGACUGGCUGGCACAGAGAGAGAAGAGGCACAGAGCCCCUGAGAGCACAAGUGUCCUUAAAGCAGAAGGGGCUGACAGUUCGCUGGGGAGUGAUCUACCUCCACACUUUCUCUCAAUACCAGACCUCCCAGUCUCCCUAAUGCCUCCACCUUCAGGGGGCUGGAUGAAGGUGCCCCAUACAGAGUGGGGAUAAGAGCGCAGGGGUGCACACAUGCCUUGGAUGGCAUUGGGGUUCAGGUGUCUUCUGUCACAGAAUUUUUAAAAAAAGCAACAGAAAAGUGAUUGCAAUGCAUCCAAAGGAAGUGGAUGAAAACGUCACACAUCUCAGUUCUGAGCACAUCUUAGAGACGGCUUUUCUGUACUAUUGUAGGGUACCUGCUGAAGAAGACAAACUUUCAGUCAUCAGAUAUGGACAUUUGUUGUGAUUUCUGUCCGUGAAUCACUAGUAGGGGUAAAAUUCUAAUGUCAGGUCUUUUAUCCAGAUGUUAGAAGUGUAUUUUGAUGCCUGUAAAAUGGUUCAGAAUGGAUUUUCUCAUCUUUUAGCUCAGCUUAGUUGUUUAUAUCUAAAUAUGACAGCAAGUUUUGCAAAUGGCAAGGAGCUGCUAGAAUAAACAGCUAAGUUCUUUUGUUUUUUCUUUGCAUUUGCAAAAUCGUGAUUUCUUAUUGAGUUCCUGUCACUAAACUGCAGGUCUUUUAACAAUUUGUGUCUAUGUGCUUGGCAUUAUAGGUAAUGGAAACGAGUAUUGCCCUUUCUGAAAUAUCAGUGUGAAACAUUUUCAAAGAAAAGCAGAGAGACUUAAAUGUAUGGUAAUGUUUGCCAUGAUCCUUCCUAAUGAAAGUUGUACAACAGUUCUGCCAUGUUUAGAAAGCAACCACCAGCUCUUUCACUUUUGCAUUGAUUUUCUGAUCUUGAAACAGCUUAGGUUUGCAUUCAUCUUCUACUUAUUUUGUUUUUGUUAUUGUUGUUCUCUGUCUAGACAGGGCAUGCCAUCAUCCUCCUCCUGUUCUAGAAAACAAAUAAAACGAGUAAAUAGUAAAUGAUAA